CCUAUCCAAGAAACAAACCAGCUUCCUAACAGCUGUAAGCAGGACAAUAAAAAAAAUGCCGACGCUCACAAAGAUAUACUCCAUGGAAGAAGUAGCAGCUCACAACAAGCAAGAUGACUGCUGGAUUGUUAUCGACGGCAAGGUAUAUGACGUAACCCCUUAUAUGGAUGAGCACCCUGGAGGAGAUGAUGUGCUUCUUGCUGUCACCGGCAAAGAUGCAACGGAUGAAUUCGAAGACGCGGGGCACAGCAAAACAGCUAGGGAACUCAUGGAAGAGUAUUUCAUUGGCGAGCUUGACGAAGCUUCUUUACCUGAGAUACCAGAGCUUAAGAUCUACAAGAAGGAGGACCCAAAAGACUCUGUUCAGAAGCUUGUCGACUUGACAAAGCAGUACUGGCUUGUUCCUGUCUCAGUUAUCACCAUCUCUGUUGCGGUGAGUGUCUUGUUCUCUCGCAAGAAGUAGUAGUCUCUCUGGAAGAUGAUCUUGAGUGUUAUUGAAUUACUGGGGGAAUCAACUAUCCACGAGAACUCCCCCCCUAUAGAUUUUGAAAGGAAAGAAUAAUAUUAUUUUUGAAUUUUCGUCACUGAAUGCUUUUACAUUUUGAGUUGGGAUCAUGUUUUAAUGAAAUGAAAUUUAAUGAUAUGAUUAAUGGAUGCUUUGGUUUUGCUU